AUGAACCAAAGACGAUCUGUUAGUCUCGAAUCCAAAAAACCUCUUACCAAUUCAACUUUUAGAACUACUUAACUCUCUACUCCUAAAUAAGACUUAAAUACCUACAAACCAUUUUCUCCUUCAAAAGAAGCCAAACUAUAAUUAUUCAGAAAAAUUUUCAAUGUGAAAAAACCAAAAACAUCUACAGUUAUGAAUUUUUAUGACAUUGAUACAGUUACACCUGUAGUGUGUUAGUCAGCUUAAUUGGAUAAGUAUGAGUUCCCAAAUUGGUUAAAAGGAAGGACAGAUUUUAUAAAGCUUCGUAAAUCUAAAUAUUUCGAUUAUCACCUUAAAGUCUUUUCAAUCUGUGAAUAAGAGUAAGGAUUUAAAUUAUAAAAGUCCUUUCAAGAGAUCAGAUGAGUUGAAAGAAAUUGUUGCUAAUUAUCUAGUGAAACUAGAUUUUUUUCGAUUGAUGCCAAUGUAAAUGUUGAAGCAGAUAUCUGGUAGAUUAUUUGCAAAAUCUUAUGAAGAGAAUGAAAUAAUAUGUAAUAAAGGUGAUAAAGGUGAUUGUAUGUAUGUAAUUUUUGAUGGAUUUGUUGAAGUAGUAGGGAAAAAUAAAAAAUUAGGGCCCAAAAAUAUUAUAGGUAGAAAUGCUUUAGACAAUGAUUAACCUAGAAAUGCUACUUUGAAAUCACUUGGUUCAACUCAUUUAUUAAUCUUAAAUCGAAUUGAUUAUGUUACAAUCCUUAAUAAUAUUAUGAAGGCAGAAAGUGUAAAAUAGGAACAAUUUAUUAGAAGUCUAUAAUUAUUUGCCCAUUUUUCUGAGGAGAAACUAAAAAAGUUUUGCAAUGCUCUUUAAGGCAAAUAUUUAACUCCUAAUGAGAACUUAUAUAGUGCUGGUGAUUUAGUUGAUCAUCUUUAUAUUGUUAAACAUGGUAAUCUAGCAAAGACCGUUGUCAUGGAUUUAGAAGACUAAAAUAGAUGGCCAAUAGUAAAUUUUUGUUUAUCUUUAGAAUUAAAAAAAAUGGAUGAGUUAAACCAUCACGAGAACUUUAUCCUUUAAUAUAGAAUAUAAAGCAGGAUCAUUAGUUGGUUAUUAUGAUAUAUUGGAUUCAGAAUUUGAUUCAGAUAGAAAAAGAAAUGAAACUAUAGACGCGAAAACAGAUUGCUUUUUAUUGUUUAUAUCUAAGUCUUAAUUCUUUCAUGGUAUAUUUGAUUUAAUCAUAAAUAGUUUUCCAAUAAACAGAUUUGCAAUAUUUUCAUAAUUACCAUGUAUAAAACAAUCCUUUGACAUUUGAAUAAUUGGUUAAAAGUACAAGAUAAAAGGAAAGUGAAUAAAAAUAAAAANUCAUAUAAAAUAUGUUUUAUAAGAAUAUGAAACUACAAAUAACUAUGACUUGUAAUAAUCAAUAUUAAGAAUUAUAAUAUACUUUUUGUCUAUAUUUAAAAUAAAAAUUUAAUAUUAUGAUGAACCAAAGACGAUCUGUUAGUCUCGAAUCCAAAAAACCUCUUACCAAUUCAACUUUUAGAACUACUUAACUCUCUACUCCUAAAUAAGACUUAAAUACCUACAAACCAUUUUCUCCUUCAAAAGAAGCCAAACUAUAAUUAUUCAGAAAAAUUUUCAAUGUGAAAAAACCAAAAACAUCUACAGUUAUGAAUUUUUAUGACAUUGAUACAGUUACACCUGUAGUGUGUUAGUCAGCUUAAUUGGAUAAGUAUGAGUUCCCAAAUUGGUUAAAAGGAAGGACAGAUUUUAUAAAGCUUCGUAAAUCUAAAUAUUUCGAUUAUCACCUUAAAGUCUUUUCAAUCUGUGAAUAAGAGUAAGGAUUUAAAUUAUAAAAGUCCUUUCAAGAGAUCAGAUGAGUUGAAAGAAAUUGUUGCUAAUUAUCUAGUGAAACUAGAUUUUUUUCGAUUGAUGCCAAUGUAAAUGUUGAAGCAGAUAUCUGGUAGAUUAUUUGCAAAAUCUUAUGAAGAGAAUGAAAUAAUAUGUAAUAAAGGUGAUAAAGGUGAUUGUAUGUAUGUAAUUUUUGAUGGAUUUGUUGAAGUAGUAGGGAAAAAUAAAAAAUUAGGGCCCAAAAAUAUUAUAGGUAGAAAUGCUUUAGACAAUGAUUAACCUAGAAAUGCUACUUUGAAAUCACUUGGUUCAACUCAUUUAUUAAUCUUAAAUCGAAUUGAUUAUGUUACAAUCCUUAAUAAUAUUAUGAAGGCAGAAAGUGUAAAAUAGGAACAAUUUAUUAGAAGUCUAUAAUUAUUUGCCCAUUUUUCUGAGGAGAAACUAAAAAAGUUUUGCAAUGCUCUUUAAGGCAAAUAUUUAACUCCUAAUGAGAACUUAUAUAGUGCUGGUGAUUUAGUUGAUCAUCUUUAUAUUGUUAAACAUGGUAAUCUAGCAAAGACCGUUGUCAUGGAUUUAGAAGACUAAAAUAGAUGGCCAAUAGUAAAUUUUUGUUUAUCUUUAGAAUUAAAAAAAAUGGAUGAGUUAAACCAUCACGAGAACUUUAUCCUUUAAUAUAGAAUAUAAAGCAGGAUCAUUAGUUGGUUAUUAUGAUAUAUUGGAUUCAGAAUUUGAUUCAGAUAGAAAAAGAAAUGAAACUAUAGACGCGAAAACAGAUUGCUUUUUAUUGUUUAUAUCUAAGUCUUAAUUCUUUCAUGGUAUAUUUGAUUUAAUCAUAAAUAGUUUUCCAAUAAACAGAUUUGCAAUAUUUUCAUAAUUACCAUGUAUAAAACAAUCCUUUGACAUUUGAAUAAUUGGUUAAAAGUACAAGAUAAAAGGAAAGUGAAUAAAAAUAAAAAGUUUAAAUAGUCACAGAUGCAAUUUAUUCUCAUCUAAGAUAAUAUUCAUUUGAUUAUAAUACUUUAAAGAUUAAAGAAAAGAAAUAUGAUUAAGUUAAAUAGAAUUAAGUGAAUGCUUCGAAAGAAUUUAAUAGUUAAUACAAAAUAAUAAGGAGAGAUAAGCAUCUCAAAAUAUUAACUUCGCAGUAUGAGUGA